CAGUUCGAGCGGUCCCUCAGCACAAAGCGCACCAUCGCGGCUGACAGUCUCCAGGCGCUCAGCCAGCUGCAGUUCGCGGAGGGCCCGCUGUGGAUAUUGGCGGUGAUCGAGGCGCAACUGGCGUCGCCCCCUAAGUGGGCGACGCCAGGCGGCGAGAGCACGCUCUUGAACGCAUCUGACUACAAGUCCAUGCCCCCUGGCGGCGAGAACAGGAGCAAGGCCGUGCGAGCGGCCAACGCCAUGCAUGCGCGCAGGCAGUUCACGACGGCCUGCACGCACACCAGCGAGCUCGUCAGGCUUAAGCACUUGUCGCAGCUCGACAUCCGCCUGGUCAUGAUGGCGUCGGGCAAGACGUGCGAAGGGCGCAAACAGUAUACCUCCAUGGUCGACGUGGUGGCCGACUUCUGGGAGGCCAUGAACGCCGACGAGCUGCAUGUGCGCAACGUGCCGUUGCUGCGGCUCGACAACGAGACAGGCGUCGGCGACGAUGAGGUCGAUACCCGUGCGCCGAAGAAGGCCAAGCUUGCGCCCCCCAGCAAGGCUUUGGGGAUGGCGCCCGUGUCAUUAUCUGGCUGUGGCGACGUCGACCCGCUGACUUUUCAGGCCAAGGGUUUCGAGGUUUGCGCAACCAUCGCCGCCGUCGACAAGCGUAGAGAUACGGAGGUGACCAGCUACGUGAUCACCGCCAUCGAUGAUCAGACGGUCCACGUACGUGGUUCGUCUGGUGAUGUCAUCAUGCUGAAGAUUAGCGAGGUCCUCGACGGCUACACUGUGGUCGUGAAAAGCGAACCCAAGGUUGUCGAUUGCGCGCAGCUCGACAAGUUUCGGCGUGGGAAUAAGGGUGCGGCGACCGAGGACGCGAGGGCGCGCCUGCGUGUCGCACUCACCGCCAUCGAAGACGUCAAGAUCUUCGGCGGGGGAAAGUUGGAUAAUAGCAGGGUGAACUUGAUUGCGAAGACCUCUUUCAGGAUCGGCGAGCUGCAGAUCGUUGCAGCGUAUGACAGGACCAGCGUCGACAAGAGCAACCCGCCCGGCAUGCGAAUCUCCGUUGGCGGAGGCUUCGUUGCAUCCGUCGUGCUACCGUCCGUGCUUGAACUGGACGGCGCCACGUACGCGGCCACGCUUAGGAAACAGCGUGACCGCCUCGACGAGGAAAAGUUCUCGUCGACCCAAUUCUGGUAUGUACAGCUGGUCCACGAGGGAGCCCACAACGUCGAGCUUCGCUCGACUGAAAUUUCAAUCAUGGGCAAGGCAGUGAGCUCCCCUACGUGGGCCAACGUGAAGGACAUCAAAGAGGGCCAGCUCAUUCUGGGUCCGCUCCAGGACAGUGGCGACGGCGCGGGUGGCGCAGUCGGCAGCGGCGACGGCGCCGCCAACCGCGACAAAGGCGGCAAGGGCAGCAAGGGUGGCAGCAAGGGCGGCAGGGGCGGCAAGGGCGGCAAGGCCCCUG